AUGUCUCGGGAACCUAGAUCGCACCACCUGAGAGCAAAGGAUCUUGACGACGCCGUCAAACAAUUGCUUGGUCUUUUGUGUGAAUGCGACCGUACUACACAAGGCAAAGCUAAAGCAUUUUGCUUUGGUGGCUGGGAUGCUGAGGGUCUGGGAGCAUCUGCUGUUCUUAGAGCUACAGCAAAAGCCUUAAGAUCCACAAGCGAUCAUGACAUGAAAAGACAUAUUGGCAGAAUUAUCCAUGUGGAUUGCUCCCUAUGGAAAAAUAGAAGGGCCAUGCAGAGGGCAAUUGCGGAGGAGUUGAACCUUCAGCAUGUAAUGGCACUAUUUGAUGAGCAGGAUGAAGAAGAUGAUUUUAGAGGGGUAGAUGAGAGCUCUAGGGAAGUGAUAGCAAGCAUCGGGAGAGUGAUCUAUGAAUCUCUAUUGUAUGAAAAGUUUCUGCUGAUUUUACAUUAUGGGGGAGAUGAAGAUAUUGAUCUGGCAGAGUGUGGCAUUCCUGAAGUUGGUCCGUUUGGUAAAGGUAAAUUGCUGUGGACCAAUCAUGGCAGAUUUCCCUACUCAGUGAGCGGAUUGCAUAAGUUGAUGUCCAUUUCUACUUACAUUGAUAUGACCAUCUACUCUGGCCCUCAAGAUAUGGUCUCCAACUCCAUCUCUAUCAAAAAUAGUAGUCACCCGGUGUGUGCUUUCUUUCACAAACAAGCGGCUGCAGUGAUUGAUCACACCGGCAUGGAUGGCAUCAACCCGACAACAGUUCUAGAUUGCUUAUUGUACUCAACGUUCCUGACAAAACAAUCACAACAAAACCCAGCCAUCGGUGUCGACUAUGGUUGGGAUACUCACGCUUGCAACUACUGGAUUUGUGAUGGAAUCCUUCAAGGGGACAGAGCUUGGGAGAUUGGCAAUGCAUUAUAUGGAGUGAUAUCACGGUUAGGCUAUUCUUCAGCGGCAAAAGGACCAUUUGCAAAGUAUUUGAAUCAGCGAGAAAACCCCUAUAAUGGCUGGUAUUCAGUUACCUCAAACAAAAAAACCGCACAUGACAUGUGUUAUGUACCCAAUAGUGCAUCAUCAUAUUUCCUAACUUACAAGGGACAUGAUCCAAUUUAUCUACGCUAUGAUUUUUUUCACCUAGCUACCAAUCUCCGUGUGCUAAAACUCAGCAAGUGCAGCUUUGAUUUUGCAUAUCCUCCUUUUUGGUGUUGCCACAACUUGAGAUUCCUUUGGCUUGAUCAUUGCACGAACACAAGGAAGGAGUAUGGCAGCGGAUCAAUUUUUCCCAACCUGCUGGUGUUUGACUUGCAUUUCACAGAAUAUGUUUUAUUUCCACAGAUGAUUGAACUGAUGACAAAUCUCAGGGAGAUAAAUACAAAGGGAGUCUCAUGGAAGACUAUCGGUCAUGCAUGGAAAAGGCUACAGAAACUUCACAAGCUCCGAGUAACCGAAUCUUCAGAUGUCAUCACAGUGGACAGUUUCUCUUCCAUAGAUAUGAUGGAUCUGCAGCUCCUUGACUUGUCCGGCAACACUCGCAUGGAAUCAUUACCUGAAUUGUCAUCAGCAAUAAGUUUGAAGAUGCUUGUUCUUGAUGGUUGUUCCAGCUUGGAGCAUAUUGUACUCCAAGGAGCUCUUCCACUGCUUGAGAGUUUCAGCUUCGAUGGUUUUGGCCCAGCUGACAACUGGACACUUUUCAUAGAUCUGCCACAAAGGGAAUUACGACUCAAGUCUCCGGUAGAUCUAGAUGAGAAGAAAGCCAAGGUGGUCCCACAAGAAAGGAAUAAAGGAAAAGAAAAGGCCAAGGUGGCCUCCCAAAAAGAAGAAGAAACAGCCAAGGUGGCCUUGCAGAAAAAGGAAUUAAAAGCCAAGGUGACCAAGAUCUCCCUAGAGGGUUGUGUUCGAUUGCACAAAAUAUUCUUGCGUGCACUGCCCAAUUUGAAGGAACUGGACCUCUCUAGUACAUCCAUUAAAGUGCUCAACCUCAAGGCAAUGGGCGUUCCAGGCCUCAGGAAGCUAUUCCUAUUGGGUUGUCAGCAACUUCGUGCCCUGAUCUGGGACGGAUACCCUAGAUUGCAAGUGCUACAUGUAGACACACGGGGAACCACAAGAUCAAUGCUGGACGGAUCCUUUGACUUUAAGGCCUGUAUUGCCUUUACAGACGGAAGGUUCAUAGGGCCAGCCAUACAAGGAAUAAAAAGUCAAAUAUACCCUAACUCCUCCAGGGUACACCUCCUUAUCACUUGUAUGGAUCAUAGCCAAGCCAGCAUCACGAAUAGUAUUGAGGAGGUUUGCCCUAGCCAAGAAACCAAUUUGGUUCCAACAGGGAAGUUGUCUCUUUAUAAUGAUAUUGCCCUUGUCAAGGAUGUCAAAUGCUUGUCCUUGUUAUGGGACCGUCGACAGCUUCAACCUUUGGAGAAGCACAUCGAGAUUGGCGAAGGAAGCUACAACUUUGAGAGUAUAGAUGACAACGGAUAUUUCAGAGAUUUUGUUUUGACAUUUGUUCAAUCGUUGCAUGUGCAUGACAAUUCAUCCAUCACUGCUAUUCCCCCAAAGCGUGGAGGGAUCUGGCGCGGCCUAGAAUGGUGUCAUGUGGAGAGGUGCCCAAAGCUCCACAUCCUUUUUAAAUGUUGGAGGGCACAAAUGAACUUUGAACACAUAAGGGCAUUCUCAGCUUCUGAUCUCCCGAUGGCCUAUUGCAUCUGGGGUAGAGGCAUUAAUACUCAAAGCAGUAGUCGUUGUUUCAAACAACUGCAGCACAUAUACCUGCACAACUGCCCUCAGCUGGUGUUCGUCCUCCCCAUUUCCUUCAUCUUGCAUAGCUUGGAGACCCUCCAGAUUGCGUACUGCAGUAACCUUCGACAUGUUUUCCCAUUGGACAAAUGGUGCCCUCAAGAAAUCGCAUCUGGUGUCAAAUUCGACAAUCUGAAGCACAUCAAGCUAUACCAUCUUCAUAGCCUGGAGCAGGUUUGCGAGGCCAAACUGACCGCACCGGCAUUACAGACGAUCAGUCUCAGGGAUUGCUGGGGCCUGAGGCGUCUACCGGCUGUAGCACAUCAAGAUCCUAAGCCGGUGGUGGACUGUGAGAAGGACUGGUGGGAUAAGCUCGUGUGGGACGGCGUCGAUGUUGGCCAUGACCCGUCGCUCUUCGAAAUACGCCACUCAGCUCACUACAAGAAGACCAUCCCAAGGGGCUCCCUUCUAAGAUAA